CUCUACCAACUGCGCUACCCAGGCGCCCAUAAAAUUCUUUCCCGGACUGUUUACGUUUAUGUCUAACCCCGCCCUCCCCACUUGAAUGGGAACGGUAGUUCCAGCGCGGACCCGGCGGAGUUAUCGAACGCACCUUCCUCUCAGAGCAGCGAGUGCUCCCCGGUGACGGUAACGGGUUUUACUGACAGCUCGACGAUGGCACCUAAUACCGUUGGACAACGUAUGUCAGAAUCCGCCCAAAAUUACAACGGGACGGUGUCGUCGUGUGGCGGGAAGCCCGGCUCCGUGUCGGUUUGUUGUUUAGCUUAGCUACAGAGAGCUAGCUAGCAUCUUGCUUCUGUUAACGGCAAGUUAUCCUGCGCAUGCGUGUUACUGAGUAGGCUAGCUGCCGUUGGUCUGUAAUGUUACAUUCUCGAUGCUGCAUCCAGUUUGUUGUUUAGGUUAGCUACAUGAAGCUAGCUAGCUAGCAGCCUGCUUCUUGUAACGGUGUACCGGGAGUUAGCGUCGGGAGGAGACAGCUAACCGACAGAUGGUCAAAGUUACGGUAAAUCUGUACCGUUGCUGCCUCACAUGAUGGACGAAAAAGCGCCGCUGUGGGAGAAACGGAGCCGGUAAAGCUGCGGGACUCGCUAGCGGAUGUAGUCAGUUAGCAUCAGGCCUGAGCCCACUUCCUCGCUCCCUUCCUUCCUCCCUCGCUUCCCCAGGAGUAGACCUUCUCCUCCCUCGCUGCUCCAGGAGUAGACCUUCUCCCAUGAUCACAAUGGAGGCAGCCCUUAAUCCGCUGCCUCAGUUCCCAGAAAGCCCCUAUAAAAUGACUGAGGAGGAUGUGAAGAGGCUGAUAGAGUUCAGAGCGUCCAACGAGGCUCUGUUCACGGGGAAAAGGAACUCCGCCAAGAUAGCCUGGAGCACCAUCUUAAAGGGUCUGGGUCUGGAGGGGAAGCUGACAGCUGACCAGAUCGCCAAAAAAUGGGACAACCUGCGGACGAAAUACAAGGACCUGAAGCAGACCUACCUGGGCCCAGACAACAACGGGGGGAUCUUGGAGUCGUGGCCGUGGUUCCACAUCAUGGACGACGCCAUGAACGGCCGCCUCUACAGCAGCAACCUGGUGCUGAGCCCGGAGACGGCCGCCAGCGCCGCGCUCCGCUGCAGCAGCAGCCAGGCCAACCACAACCAGAACCACAACCAGAACCACAACCAGGAGAACACCGACAUCCUGGAGUUCCUCAUCAAGACGGAGAUGGAGGACACGGUGGCCCAGGAAGCUGUGGAGGUGGACGGGACGCUUCACACGGAGGCUCCUCCUCCGGCUGAGGGAGUCCCCAUGGGCUGGAGGAGGAUGAGCGAGUGCUCCUAUAAAAUGACCGAACCUGAAACGGAGAGAAUGAUCAAACUCCGAGCUGCCAACGAGGCUCUCUUCACCGGCAGGAAACAUUCAGCCAAACCGGCCUGGAGAGCCAUCCUGUACGAGCUGGGUCUUCAGGGGAAGCUGACCACGGAUCAGCUGGCGAAGAAGUGGGACAACCUGAAGAGGAGAUACAAGGAGCUGAAGUUCCCCGCCCGCGGUGCUGAGACCAACCCGAGCUCCUGGCCCUGGUUCUACCGCAUGAACGACGCCAUGGAAGGACGCUUGGCCGGCGCGGCGCCCAUCCUCACGCCCAUCGUGGAGGACGAAGACGAGGACUGCGAGCCGCUGUCGCCCACGCCGAAGAAGAGAGCGCGCCGCAGCCGCGGGGGGAUGUCCGAGUUCCUGACGGAGUCGGAGAUGGACCUGCUCGUGGAAAACGAAGACAAGAACGCGUCCGCGGCGCUGGGAGAGCUGCAGCGCAUGGCCGAGUUCACAUACAAACUUACAGAAGAAGACAUAAAGCGACUCAUCGAGUUACGAGCUUCUAACGAGUCUCUGUUCACGGGGAGGAGGAACACUGCCAAGCCGGCCUGGAGGGGGAUAGUGAAGGGAAUGGGUCUGACGGGGAAGAUCACACCAGACCAGGUCGCCAAGAAGUGGGACAACCUGAAAACCAAAUUCAAGGACCUGAAGUUUCCUCCGCGGGGGAUGGAGAGCCAGACCAACCCGGCCUCCUGGCCCUGGUUCCAGCUGAUGAGUGACGCUCUGGAGGGCCGGCUGGCGGGGAAAGCUCCCCGAGUGACGCCCGUGUGGAGCAGCGAGGAGGACGGCGUGUUCGGCUCAUCUCCGCCACCCGACAGAGACUGUCUGAUGGCGGAGCGGAGCAGUGUGUCGGAGCUGGAGAGCAUGGUGGGAGGAGACAACGCCGCUGAGGCUGAUGGGAGCGUUACGUACAUCGACGCCAGCGGAGAGGAGUGUUCCACGCCAUCAGACCUCUCCUAUAAAAUGACAGACCAGGACACGCGGAGGUUGAUUAAGCUGCGAGCUGCUAACGAGGUGCUGUUCACCGGGCGGAGAAACGCAGCCAAAGCUGCCUGGAAGGCCAUCCUGAAGGAGCUCGGCCUGCAGGGGAAGGUCUCCACCCACCAGAUGGCCAAGAAAUGGGACAAUCUGAAGAGGAGAUACAAGGAUCUGAAGUAUCCUCCCGUUGGGAUGGAGAACGUAGCGGACAGCUCCUCCUCCUGGCCGUGGUUUCACCUGAUGAAUGAAGCGAUGGAGGGCCGCCUGGCGAGCAGCGCCCCACUCCUCACCCCCGUCACCCACGACGACGACCAGCACCCUGACCCCGCCCCCAGACACCGGCCCCGCGCUGUCGCUGCUCCUCCUCCCACGUCCUCCUCGGACUACGCACAGGAGGUGUUCGGCGACAGCGGCCGAGACGCUGCUGCUGCUGCUGCUGCUGGUGGUGGUGGAGGGGAGCCCAACCAGCAGUCGUCGGUGGAUUCUUGCGAUGGCGCGCUGGGCGGGCUGGAGCGGGAGUGGGAGAUGGUGGAGAGGGAGCGUGCGGCGCUGGAGCGUGAGCGGGAGAUGGUGGACAGAGACCGCGCGGCGAUGGAGCGAGAGCGGGCGGCCGUGCAGGCCGAGAGGCUGUGGCUGGAGAGGGAGCGGGCGGCCGUGGAGCGAGACCGAGCCAUGGUGGAGCAAGAGCGGGCGGCGUUGGACCAGAGGGCGUUGAUGAUGAACUCUGUGGGACACGCCGGACACCUCAACGCACUCAUGUAGGCCGCGGAGCGCCCGUCGCUGUAGAGACGCUCCCGGUCUGUGGCGCAGGUCUGGACCUUCAGUUAGGAGGAGGAAAACCUCCCCGACAGACCAGAGUCCUGGAGACGUAGAGCGCUGGGACAGGAACAGGAGGGCUGCACAGUGUUACGGUUAGGAAAGGGCUGCUAUGGUUACCGCAUUACCACAUUACCGUGGUCACGUGACGCCUGCCGCGGCUCUGAGCUCGU